CACCAAUCAAGAAGAAAAAGGCAGAGACUUCUCUAUUCUGAUUGGCCAGACAAUAUUUUGCAACGUCAAACGCGGGCAUCUUUAGUUAUCUAUCUAUAUAUUUCGAGUCACAUUUGGCGCGUACAAUUUGUAAUGAAUGUGAUGUUUAUCUUAAAUAAAAAAAUUUCAAUUUGUUGACUUAAAAAAUGCUUAGACUUCUCAUAUAAUUUUAUAAUAUUGACAAUAAUUCUAUAUGGAUAUUAUUUAUAACAGUGACUAUGGGUAAAUGUACAUCGUAAAACGAGUAAUUAAAGAUUAAAAAACACUUUGAAGGUUAUGGUUUCUGGUAACGGAGUUGAUAACAGUUUUAUUUGAAUAUGACAGCAUCAAGAUUGAUCAAACAUCGGUUAAUUAACGUGAUAAAAAGAUUCAAAUUUGAAGAAUUAGAAAGCAGUGUGAUACCCAUUUUUCCGGAAAUAUCUUGGAAUCAUGUCAAGUCUAAAUUAAUUAAGAAUCAUAAAACAUUUACUGUUAAUAAUGCCGUAAGCGUUAUCGAAAAAAUUCUUGACGAUGCAGAUUUAGGAGGGACAGUCUUGUAUGAUAGAUUAAUAACACUAGAAGUAACAGAUAUAAGUAGACAUGACAAGAGAAAGAUAUGGUAUGGUUACGAAUUAAAGGGUGUAGGUGUAGCAUUAAAUUAUCUGGAAAGACGGCAGAUUCAAGAAAGUAUAAAAGAAGCAUUUGAAUCAAACGGUUUAAAUAUAGAUGUAAAAGCUGUAAUAUAUGACAACAUCACAUUUGUAAAUAUUAAGGAAAAGAGAAAAAGAAGACAAAUACAUCAUACCAUGCCUAUCUUUUUCGCUUUAUUUAUGGGACAUAAAUAUUUUUUCUGUUCAAAAAAGAAUAUUUCACAUGAUUUUAUAAAAUUGAUGACUACUGCUCUGGGUUAUAAUAAUAGCAAAAGGAUUAAACUCAUGGGUAAAGAUCUUAGAUCAUUAAUAAGAUUAUUAUGGAACAAGCAACAAGGCACUUUACAUGCUGAAGAUAUUCAUCAACCAUCAGUUUAUGAACCGUCUGAUCCUAUUAUCAGUAAUAAUGGUAUAGAUUAUACACAGAAUAAACAACGGAAAAGUUAUGCAGAAAAAUGUUUUUCCAAGGAUCCUCCAACUUUAGAAUUACUCGUUGUAAACGGACCAGAGGAAUCUAUAAAACACGAAGCUGUAGCUUCGAUAUUACCUAAUGAUAAUAUAUGUGUCAACUGGGAGUUUCGUAGUCACAAUAUAGCUAGAUUCUUGACUAGUUUAAUAGAAAAACGUGCAGUUCCAUUACCAUUACCUGAAUAUGUGUCUAAUCUCAUGAUGUUUGGAAAAAACGAAUUAACACUUUUGCCUGGCUGAACAUAAUUGCAGAUAAACAAAGCAUCGAGAUGAAAUAUUUUAAUGCUAUGUGUGUAUAUGCAGUGCUUUUACAUAUCACUAUAAAAGAAUAUUAAUUUUUAACAAAACAAAAUUACAGUAUUUAUACAUUAAAUUUAAUAUAAUUGUGUAAAAUUGCGUGGAAACAGUUAUAUAAUUGUACAUAAAUUAUAUUUUUUAACAUAUAUGCAGAAUAUAAAUGUGAAUAGAAUAAUUUGUUGUAAUAAUAUAACUGUAAAAGGAAAUUGAACGAUUAAAAUUAACUCUUUGAAUUUAAGUAGGUAAAGGUAAAAGAAUAAAAAAUGCUAUUAAAUCUUUUGUUAUAUAAUAUUGCAAUAUAGAAAUAUCAUUGAAAUCUCUGUGACAUUAAUAAAGUAUGUUUUUUAAA